AUACAAUAUUCUAUGGGUGGUGGUGGAAUUUAUUUAAUUAAAAAGUCACCAUAUUUUGGUGAUGUUCAACUUACAAGUAUUGAACGUAAUGAGGUUGAUGUUGAAUCAUCAUUAUGGAAAAAGAUUACUGAAAAUCAAGAUAUUGAUUUUCAAAAAACCCAUACUUACAUUACAUACUUAGCUGCUAAGGAUAUGCCUUGUAAAUUCAAAUAUAAUAAUGAAAGUCAAUGUUCUGGCAAUCUAAUUUUAUAUAAAUCACAUAUUUCUCAAGAUGUGCAAGAUCAUCGUUAUAUUAAAGUUGAUAGUGAAAAAGUAGAUAUUAUACUUCUUCAAGAUUUAUUUCUUGGAAAAGGAGAG